UUCUGAGAAAGAAGAGAGACCGUUUCGUUCAUACCGGAAGCUGUUGCUCUCAUCAAUUUAUUUGUAGCACAGUUCUGAAGAAAGCCAAAACCCUGGGAAUUUAAUUCAGUGAACUUACUUCAUUUUACCAGUCUGGGUCACUGAGUGGGACAUAUGCUAUAGCUGGAUCACUGGCAAGAUAGGCAUGAACAGGUUUGUAACUGGCUAAGCAAGGAAAACAGAAAUGGAUUCACGAAAUACUCCCUAUCGCUCAGAAGUGGCCCGCUGGUCUCCAGAUGAGUUGGCAGACUACCUCAGGAGGUUAAACUUCAAGGACUGUGAGAAAGUUGUAAGGAAAUACAACAUAACUGGGCAAAGAUUUCUGAUCAUGUCUGAAAAUGAUAUUCAAAAGUUUCCAAAGCUAAGCAUGCCAAUUCUAAGCAAGCUAAGUCAAGAAAUAAAGCGACAUGAGGAAAGAAAAGGUUUAUUUUCAAAACGGACACAUACUCAGACGUUUCCUGAUAAUACAGAAUAUAGACAAGAAGAGGAUGAUGGCUGGUCUUCCUUUGAUGAAAGUGAUUAUGAAAGCCCAGAUGACCAGGGAAAUGAAGUUGAUGUAGACUAUGAAACGCCCAAUGAUCCAGACUGCACUGAAGACGAAGCAGAUUAUGAACCUCCUCCGUCAAAUGAUGAUGACACACACCGUAAUGUUGUAUUUCCUUCCAUUGUAAUGCCAGCCACCUCGGAAUACAUAGAUAGAUCUAAAACAUUUCUUCAGCCUCCUGUUCCACCAAAAAGGCCUGAAUCUUCUUCUGGAGGAAGAAGCGUUGGGCCAACUUUCAAUUCUCCUUUAAGCAAUAAUGAGAGUAUUAGAGAAAAAAGCAUCAAAUCCUUUAAACCUCCUCCUCUAGAUCGCACCAAAAAGCCCCCACUGGAUCGUUCUGGGCCACCAUUUGAUAGGGACAACCUAAGACCAGGCAAAAUAGCAGUUCCUGAAAUGUCUUUCUCCCAUCAGAUCAGAUCUCCGGGAGCAAAGUUACCGAAGCCUCCUGUGCCACCAACUUAUAGAUAUGAUAGAAAUAAUCCUGCCUCUGGAAGGAUACCACCAUCAAUAAAGACCAAUCAGAUAUCUGAAAGAAAGCCAGAAGUGAGCCCAGAUAACAUUCCCCAAAGGCCAGUUCCCCAGCCAUCUUUGCAGUUCUUUAACACAUUUCCUUCCAGAUCACCUAAGCCACAACCUAAACAGAAUGUUUUACCAUCCAAGAUGACACCUGGUGUAGAAAGUUGUACAUCAAGUGGAUCGCUACCACCACAUUUCCAGCCAAGUGAUAACUUCAGGACCUUUUCCAAAGGCCCCGCUGAUGGCAGACCACCAUUACCAAUUCCUAGCAGACAGAUUAUGCAGUUUCCCAAAAGUGAGAAUGAUGAGAUGGACCAGUGCCACAAGAAUAACCAGCCCCCCCUAAAUCAGAAAUGGUAUGCUGCUGAUAUCACCCGGCCAGAAGCAGAAGUUGCUCUUAGGAACAUAAAUCAGGAUGGCACUUUUUUAGUAAGAAACAGCUCAAGAAAAACUCUUGAGCAGCCCUAUGUCCUGAUGGUGCUUUACAGUGACAAAGUAUACAAUAUUCAGAUACGUUAUCAACAAGAAGAUAAAGUGUACUUCUUAGGAACUGGCCUAAAAGGAAAUGAGGAUUUUUCUUCAGUGGCUGAUAUAAUUGAUUACUUCAGAAGAAUGCCUCUUCGACUGAUAGAUGGAAAGGAUCGAUGUUCAAGAAAGCAGUGCAUGUUGACAUACGUUGCUGGAUCUCUUUAAAUAAUAAAAGAACAUUUCUUGGAGGACCAGUUCACGUUUCACCUAUUUAUCUUUGAAAGAUGAAGCCAGAAGAACAACUGAGUUAGAUUUGAUGAACUCCUAUUUUCAUGUUAGACUGCAAGACCAUUCUUUGCCUUUAGUUCUCAAAGUGAAAACUUCAGUGUACAGUAGGGCCCCACUCAUACGGCGGGUUACAUUCCAGAUCCCCGCCUAAAAGUGAAACCUGCCUAAAAGCAGAACUUAUUCAAUAGAAUGGUGCCCAACGCCCGAAAAACUCCUUAAAAGAGGAACGAGCGCUGUAUGAGUGGGGCCUUACUCUAAUUGAAAGCCGCUGUAUUAGCGGAACACUGAAAAGCGGGGCCCUACUGUAUUAAUUCUCACUACGCAUAUGCUUUAUGGAAGUUCUUCAGUAUAUUGCUUCAUGGAACAGUUUCAUGUGUAUGACAUCCAUUGUCUGAAAUACACGUUACAUAAACUGAAAAUAACUUUAAGGAUGCUGUAUUAUUAUUAUUAUUGAACAUUUUUCUUUAGAUGCAAAAGCUUCUUCAUAAGGAGCAGCACUGUAUAAAAUAUCAAGCAGACCAACUGAUCAUAGCUUAAUGUAUCAGGGUUUUUUAUGCUCUCAAGCAUGCUAAUGUCUCCUGUGGAAAUAUCUGUUAUAUUUCAUUAUGUUGACAUCAGGUAGCUAAAGAUACUGCUUCUGCAAAUGCAGCAAGAAUUAAUAAA